GUGCCGUCUUCAGCGUCGAGGAGAUCCUAGCCAGAACAGCAGAAGUGUGUUCGUUCGUGGUGAUUGAUAACGCGAAGAGACACAGAGAAAAACGAUGAGGGCUUCGUGCGUGCUCGCCGCGGGACUGUGCGGGAUAGCCGCUACGGAGGCAUUCGUGUUUAACCCCGCUGCUGCUUCGGUGGGUUGCCGGCCAGCUUCCCGAAGGCAGCAGAUGCAGGAGGUUGCAGCGGCUGCCGAUGUCGGCGGUGGCGAGACGGACGGUAAACAACGGACUUGGGACAUGCACCGCUGGCCUGACCGGAGUAAGGAGUUCAAGGCGAUGCCAAGCGACGCGCGUAACUGGGAGGUGGAGGGUGAACGCUUGCAGGUUUGGGACGACGAACCCAACCCCGUGGAAGAGCUCACCGGAAAUGAGUGGUACCACACCUUCGCCCCCAGCGAUGUCGAGAUCGAAGCCGCCGAGAUGGGGUUCGACUGGACAGACGAAUGGUUCGAGGUGAACGGGAUGGCGCGCAAGGACCUCAUGACCCCGGAAGAGCUGCAAGAGUUCGAAGCUGCCGAGGCGAAGGAAGGCUGAGGGCUGGAAGCGGCGGCGGAAGCGGCGGCGGGAUAAGAGAGAGAGACCGGGUGGUUGCGGCGAAACGAGGCGAGGGAAGGCUGAGGACUGGAGGCGGCAGUAGCGGCGAGAGAUAAACCAUGUUGUUCGGGCGAAACGACGCUUGAAAGGGUCGCCUCCUGCUCGAGUGUCGCGAUGCCGCCUUCUUGGUCCAACAAAUCCAGUGACACGUUGUUUUGGUCCCGGUUUUGUGGGGACGCCUGGUCUGUUCUGGUGGAAAAGCUGCACGGGAUCAUAACGGACAACCUGCCCCCCCCCCUCAAAAAAUAUUUUGGGUUGGAAAACCGGUUUCACAGUUCAAGUUGCGCUUCCCCCCCAUUGUCUUCUUUUCUUGCCGCAUGUUGACGGGCGAUGGGACUAGGGAGAAGGCCCUUACGGAAGGCCAUCUACCCACGUAAUUCUAUCCGUUUUUGUUCCACCUUGUGCCUGUUUCGUAGGAGUCUUGGAACGAGGGCAUGAGCACGGCGUUUUUGUCCUCGUACCCAAUAUCAUUGUUUGCGUAUCGAUCCUGGACAACCAUUUUUUGGGUAGGUGCUUUCGGUUGGUUCAGUUUUUUUUUAUUUCCUUGUAGAUGUCUGCGGUGUUGAAUGCAUCCCGAUACUGUUUUCGUGGAGAAUCGAGAGCAGUUUUGGAACAAUAAAUUGCCUUGCUCAUGCACGACUGCCUCCAAUCCGAGGCCCGCUUGCCUUUAAACGUGCGUGCAUGCAUUGGUGGUGUCGACGAACGAAGUGUUCCAAAUCAAACGGCACAAGACUUGCGUUGCGCGAACAGUUGGCGCUUUUGUUUGCCGAAGUACAUACUUCUUCCGUAUGUUCCCGGAGGACCAAGAGCACUUUUGGAAGAAUUUCGACAUGGUCGAGCCAUGUGGUUUUUCAGCAAUCCUGGGUCGGUGUUUUGCUGGCGCUCUUGCGCGGCAAAAUAUGUGCUGCGCUUUUCGUUCGUGGCGACUUCGCUUGCUGAUGUCGCGGCACGCCGAACGUAUAUUUUGUUACCUUUCAUACAACGUUGCGGCGUGUUUUGGCCCCAUUUUUUUCAUGGGGCAACGCCCCUCGUUCGAAGAGGUGGCGAUGGUAUGGAGAAGAGCAUGGUAAACUUUAGUUUUCCUGCUACUGCUGUAGCGCACUUGUUGGUGCUGCCGCUGCUGCUGAUCGCGAUAUCUAUAAUAAUUGUAAGGCAUUGCGCCUGACAUUUUUUUGCCGUCUACUUUCCGUUCGCAGAGACUUGGACAACCGUAGGUCGCGUAAAAACACCACACUCUCUUGACCGAUAUUUUCA